CACAAUUUGUUGGGCAUGAUCUAAGUGUGGAGCACACAAUUUGUUGGUACAGUAUCUAGCUUCAGCAGCUCUUCCUUUUAAAUGGAUACCCAUGGAGCCUGCCCUAUAUUAGCUUCAGCACUUUUGGCAAUGCAAAGUGAACAAAAAUGCUCAGGUUGGCCGCCUCAGCUCAACCCCCAAACGUUGCUUUUGCUUCACGCCUACUCAAGUUAGCAGACGAAACAGUUAAAAAUCAAGUGCCAAAUGCACCUGCCCUGCCCCCACAGCGCAACUGCAUCCGCCGCUACUGCAACUAUACUAGAAACAGCUGCAGCGGCAAUAACUUAACAUCUCACUCCAGUCACCCUGCAGUCUGCAACGAGCACUGCUGCCCUGUCUGCAUGCUCGUAGGGACGUCAUGGUUCAGAUACCUGCGAUGAAGCGGGUGAAGGGGCGGGCCCCGCUAUCAGUGGUGGUGGCGAUCAUCGGCGGGCUGGCUCUGGCGGGCAUCAUCUUCACCGAGGACCUCCGGUCACUCACUGAGGUCAUGGAGAAGGAGAAGGAGAAGAAGAGGACGUCUCUGCUGGCCGUGGCGAGGUCGACGUUGACGGGGCCUGAGAAGGUGCCGCCACCGCCGGCCAAGAUGGCGUUCGACCCGAGCCGGUGCAGCGUGACGGAGGGGUACUGGGCGUACAACAGGUCCAAGAAGCUGCCUUACACGGACCAGACGUGCCCGUACAUCGACAGGCAGGACUCCUGCCAGAGGAACGGCAGGCCUGACAGUGACUACCUGUACUGGGAUUGGCAUCUUGACGGCUGCAGUCUCCCAAGGUUUGACCCGGUGACCGUGCUGGAGAAGCUGCGGGGGAAGCGGAUGAUGUUCGUGGGCGACUCGUUGCUGCUGGGCCAAUGGCUCUCCUUCGUUUGCCUCGUCAACUCCGUCGUGCCCCACACCGCCCGGUCCAUGGAGCGGAGCCCCACCCUAAACGUCUACACCGCCGAAGAGUACAACGCGACGAUCGAGUUCUACUGGGCGCCGUUCCUGGUGGAGUCCAACUCCGACCGCAACAUCCGGCUGGGGGCCGACGGCCGGGUCCUGCACGUUGACGCAAUCGAGGCGCAUGCCAAGCGCUGGAAGGGCGCCAGCAUCCUCAUCUUCGACAGCUACGUCUGGUGGAUGACCGGCAGCAGGAUCAAGACAGUGUGGGGCUCGUUUGGGGACGACGGGUACGAGGAGCUGGAUGCCUGGGUCGCGUUCCGGUUAGGCCUCAAGACAUGGGCUAACUGGGUCGAUUCCAACAUCGAUCCCAAUGCCACCAGGGUCUUCUUCAUGUCCAUCUCCACCACGCACAUGAGGAGCGAAGACUGGGGCAGGGAGAGUGGCAUCCGGUGCUACAACGAGACGUGGCCGAUCACGCAGAAGGGGUACUGGGGCAGCGGCUCGGACCGACGGAUGAUGGAGGUGAUGUCCAGUGUGCUGGGCCGGAUGAAGGUGCCCGUGGCCAUGCUCAACAUCACGCAACUCACGGAGCACCGUGUCGACGCCCACGUCUCCAUCUACACUGAGACCGGCGGUGAACUGCUCACCGACGCGCAAAGGGCCGACCCGCGGACGUACACGGAUUGCAUCCACUGGUGUGUGCCUGGUGUGCCGGACACAUGGAACCAGAUCCUCUACGCGCACUUGUAG